AUGGCUCCCAAGAAUCUCAACGUCCUCAUUUCCACAUUUGAGGGACUUGGCCUACCGUCUACGCUGGUAGUGCCAGUCCCGGCGACCACGACUAUCUCGCAGCUCCGAGACGAGAUCAACGAACGACUCCCCGUCACAGACACCAGACUCAUCCUGACGACACUAUCCAACAGACAACUGCCAGAGCGGUCCGAGGCCCCGCUGUCGACGUAUCUCUCCACCAGCGAUGACGAGUUUCUUUCUCUCCGAUUGACCGUCCCGCUGUGCGGUGGCAAGGGCGGUUUCGGAUCUCAGCUGCGCGCCGCCGGCGGUCGCAUGUCGUCGCGGAAGAAGAAGAACCAGGAAGACCACGGAUCAAGCCGGAACCUCGAUGGGCGUCGUCUCCGUACCGUGAACGAGGCCAAGGCCCUUGCCGAGUAUCUCGCCAUCAAGCCGGAGAUGGAGAAGAAGGAGAAGGAGAGGCGCCGGGAGCGAUGGGAACAAAUCGUUCAAGCGUCCGAGCAGAAAGAAGCCGAAAUCAAGGCCGGAGGCAAAGGCCGCCUGGACGGGAAAUGGGUCGAGGACAAGGAAGAGACCAGCGAAAGGACACGCGACGCCGUUCACGCCGCCAUGAAGGCCGGCAACUACAAGGACAACCUCGUCAGCACCUCGCAUGGAUCCGCGUCCACGCAGAGCAACAACUCUUCUGGCUCCGACGAAGAAGAGAAAUCGGGCUCCAAGGAGUCCACCCCUUCUGAGCCUGAGAAGGUGGAAAAGGACAAGCCCCGGACCUUCUUUGGCUUCGACGACGACGACGAAUUCAUGAGCUCCGACGAUGACGAGGGUGACUCCAAAAAGGCUUGA